GCCAACCGGACUCCAGCUUGGGUUUCCAAUCCGCCCCUUCCCCUCCCCGCAGCGCUUCUGCGAUCAGAUCGAUCUAAGAUGGCGGCGGUGGAACCGGAAACCACUCCCAACCCUCAGCCUUCAGAAGAGGAGAAAACUGAGCCAGCACCUAGUCAGGAGGUUGCCAGCCCUGAACAGUAUAUUAAGCAUCCACUACAAAACAGAUGGGCACUCUGGUUUUUUAAAAAUGACAAGAGCAAAACUUGGCAAGCAAAUCUUCGUCUUAUCUCAAAGUUUGAUACUGUUGAAGAUUUUUGGGCUUUAUACAACCAUAUCCAGCUCUCUAGUAAUUUAAUGCCUGGUUGUGACUACUCGCUGUUUAAGGAUGGGAUUGAACCCAUGUGGGAAGAUGAGAAAAACAAACGAGGAGGACGAUGGCUAAUUACACUAAACAAACAGCAGAGACGAAGUGAUCUUGAUCGCUUCUGGCUAGAGACACUGCUGUGCCUUAUUGGGGAGUCGUUUGAUGACUACAGUGAUGACGUAUGUGGUGCUGUCGUUAAUGUUAGAACUAAGGGUGAUAAAAUAGCAAUAUGGACAACUGAAUGUGAAAACAGGGAUGCUGUUACGCAUAUAGGGAGAGUAUACAAGGAAAGAUUAGGACUUCCUCCAAAGAUAGUGAUUGGUUACCAGUCCCAUGCAGACACAGCGACUAAGAGCGGCUCCACCACUAAAAACAGGUUUGUUGUUUAAGAAGACACCUUCUGAGUAUUCUUUCAUAGGAGACUGCGUCAAGCAAUCGAGAUUUGGGAGCUGAACCAAAGCCUCUUCAAAAGCAGAGUGGACUACAUUUAAAUUUGAUUUCCAUCUAAGUGUUGCUAAGAUUUGUGGAAGAGUCUCAUUCGCCUUUGUCUUGUACUUCUAUAUUCAAUUUUUUUUCUAUUUUGGCUGAUGUAACCAUUACCAAUCAAUUUUCGUACACUUCACCCCUCAAAUCCAUAAAUGUUUCCCUGGCCCACUCUGUAAUAGCUUGGUAGAAACAUUACUAUUACAAAAGAAGAAAUUGUUUAUCCACAGUAUUCAGAAAAGUUGUAUUUCUGUACCUGCAGGAAAUUACUCUGUUUUACAUUUGCAUUGUAUGCAGUAACAUUUUGCUGGUUUGGAAAAGAGUAUGGUGCAUACAGUUUUCUAGCAAUUUUUUUGUACAGCAUCAUCUUUGCUGUAACCUGUGCUGAUGGCUGCUAGAUUAAUUUAUUUGUUUCCCUAUUCGAUAACAUUAGUGAUAUUUUGAUUUCAGUUGUUUUUGCUCAUGUAACAUUUGGUGAAGAAUCUGGGAAUAUGACAAAGGUGGAAUAAACAUUAAUUUUGUGCAUUCUUUGGUAAUUUUUUGGUUUUUUUGUAACAUCAAAGCUUUGCUACAAAUUCAUGCAUUUCAGUCAAACUAGUUAUCUGUUUGUGUGAUUUCCUAAUUGUGGAUUUUUUUAAUGUAACACCAUAAUUUACAUUCCUUACUAGAAAUAGUAUGUCUGGUUUUGUAUCUUAUGCUGUAUUUUAACACUUUGUAUUACUUAGGUUAUUUUGCUUUGGUUAAAAUGGCUCAAGUAGAGAAGCGGUCCCAUACAUAUUAAGACAGUGUACAAAACUGUAAAUAAAAUGUGUACAGUGAAUUGUCUUUUAGACAACUAGAUUUGUCCUUUUAUUUCUCCAUCUAUUCAGAAAAUAUUUGUACCUCUUGUGACAAGGCAGUCUCUACUGUGGCUUCCGUUGUACUGUCUUCCAAGAAAGAUGAAGUCUGGAGCUAUAGUCUGUUGAAACUUUUAAUAAAUCUAUUAGAUAGCACCCUAAAUUGAAAUGAUAUUGAUAUGGCUACUGGUUUCUCUUAGUGGUUGGUCUAAUUUAUCAUGAUUUGUGUUAUCUUUCUGACUUUGAUUCACGCCAACCAAGAAAUUCAAGAGUACAUAGAAAGCAGUCUAGUUUCAGAUAAGAAGGACACUAAAAAAUGCUGAAGUUUAUAAUACCUGUAUGAAGUGCAGGUGAAGCCUUCUAGAGACAUGGCUACAAAACAGAAGUAUAUGAGGAUCUGGUAGUCUGCUAUUAUGUAUGUCUUGUAGUGCAGUGAAACUUCCAUUGGCUUGAAAGUUGCUGUGGGAGCUUUAAGUUGACUUGACGUGCAGGAUUGGGGAAGAAUUUUGAAGGCUGUGGAGUUAACUACUUGUUUCAAGCACAGUGUGAGAGGCUUUUCUUUUAAAGAAAAGGAGAGCAUGUAACGAAAUGCUGCUUUGCUUGUUGCUUAUUUUUCAGUGUGAUAUACUUUAAGACCUUGCCAGGACUAUGGAGCCUUUUUUCAGUUCAAGGCAGAUGCUUAUGGGGAUUUUCAUCUUAGUGAUAACUCCUUAAAGCAAGUUUGGGCACUGCAGCAGUGAAGCUUCAGUUGAAUCAGGCUUUUAAUUCUGCCUGAUUAAGGCAGUGAAGUGUUUCCAUGUGCUAAGAUAGACUUGAAUGCUUUCUUGCACAUUUUAUAAGAAAUGUACGUUGUAAAUACCUUUUCAAUUUAGUCUGAUAAUGCAGUUGCAUUAACUUCUGGAUCAUUAUGUCCUUUUCAGUCAGCAUCUAUAAUUAUAGUCUGCCUUCAGUGCAGGUUGUUAAACAAGGGUAGCUGUUGUAUGUGACUUGUUGGCUGUUUGGAUGCAGGUUUCUGUGAGCUCUGUUGUAACUGGCUGCCUAGCCCAAUUCUGCGGGCAUGCAAAACAAUUUGGUUAUGUUCAGUGGGACUAUUCAGAGUACGACAUAGCAGUCCCUGUCUGUCUUACUGCUUACUGCCUCAGCUAAUCAUCUUUGCAAUUAAAGUAAGCUUUUUGAGCUAAAUUUCUGUUAGCUGGUUCUGUUGUAUGUCGUCAGCCUCAGGGUGUGUGGUGUUUGUAAAGGUUUUGGUAUUUGGGGGGAAAAAACCCAUAGUAAUGCCUAUAUGCAUGGAAAGGUAAAGACAAGUCACUUCUUUGAGUGGUAACAUUAAGUGGUCUCUGUGCAUAAUUUGGGAGCUCUAGGGCAAGGCUCAUUGAGUGAUUCAGGAACACAGAUAGUGCUGCCCUUUUGUCAAGAGUAAGGUUAAACUGAGUGAGAAGUAAAUUGUAAUGGCUCUGUUUACUACAAGACUGAAUGGAAUAUUUUUCAGGGUAAGAGGAUUUUGUUCAUCUAGAGAAGUGAUUAUUAGUGUUUUUGCUAUGGUCUCAGGUUCUUGAGCCUGACCCUAUUUAAGUGGCCAGCUGUCUUGCACUGUAAUAUGAAAAACUUCAAGUAGGUUGAUGUGAAUCUCUUCUCUUCACAUAAUUACCAUGUUGCUAGAAGACUUGAGUGAAAAUUAAAUGAUGUACUUGCUUUAUCAAAUAUAUAACCUAUGCCACUUCAUUCAUUGCCAGAAGCAGCAAAUGACCAUGAACCUAGUUUUCUUCAACUUGCAAAUCCCUUUGUGUUGUAUGCUAGCGUUCUUCUGAUAAUGGUGUGGUUUGUGUUCUUACACUAUGAGAGAAAGCUGAGAGCUCUCCAUUCUGCAUGUUAAUAAACAGCUACAGGCUCGUAAGGCCAUUGUCAAAUGUCUGGUUUUAGUAAGCUUGACAAGACUCAAAGACUAAAUGUCUGAAGCAUCUGUUCAGAAGUGGUUUUAUAUGGUACAAGCUCAGCAGAGCAAGGAAAGAAAGCAGAAACUUGCUGUAUUUGAAGAGGUGGAAGAACAUGCCAGGAUACAGCCCGGGAAGGAAGGGGUAACAGAGGAGGAGUAUUUGUGAAUUAACAGCUGUUUCUAUACUCUUAAGUCUCAGGCUGAGCAAUGCUUUUCAAUGUCAGUUUGUUUGUCCCACUGCAUUGUCACUGUCUUGUGUUUCAGGCUGUCUCUAGCCCAGGAAACAAUUUUCAGUGUUACCCAAACUUUGAGAACUGGGAAUAGUAGCUCUUAGCAAAGCUCAAAUUGAGCUCAGAACUUUUGUCCUGCCUGGAAUCUUUUCUCGCAGAAAUGCUCAGAAAAAGUACUUUGGAUUCUCUGGGACCCUCACUAAAAGUGAAAGACCCUGGCAUGUCAACUUCAUAAAAUGACAGCGAUCUUCCUUUUGUAUAUGACUUUCCUUGUUUCUGAGGUUUACUUAUGAGUUUGAGCCUUUCAGACUGCCUAGCACUUCACUUCUGGUCACUUUCCCUCUUAAGAACAGUUGACAAUUCCUGCAAAUUUUUUUGUGUGUAGGUUUUAGUUAUGUCUUAAUACACUUUUUUUUUUAAUGUAGAAUUUGUGUCUUCUCAUAUUUGUUGUCUUAUAUGCUUAUAGAGUAUAGAAACAGACAAAACAGACAAUAGCAAAAGUGACAUCAACAGUAAGGGAAUAACUUAGACCUGUUUCACCUUGAGUUCGUACCUGCCCAUCCAGGGAACUUUUGGACAGCAGGGGCACAGAGCCUAUUAGCCACUAAUGUGGAACCAGUCCCAGUCCUGGCUGUCAAAUUCAUCUGCUGCUCCUCUCCCUUAUCCUUUCAAAGCUCCAGGGGUGGUUAAAUCUUGAAGACUUUCCAUUUUUAUCUACUGCAGGACACUUGUCUCUCUAGCUGCUUGAGCAGACUUUCUGCCGUUUAGCUCUUAAAGUUCUGUAUUCCUCCAGAAUUUUUCAGGUGUCCAGCUCUGGAACUGUGGCCAAAGCCUUUAAGCACUUAGAUUCCUUCCUCUCUGGAAAAAAAUCAUGGUCACUUCUGCUUUUGCCUGCUGGCUGCCUGGCACUUUCCCAGAAGACUAUGGGAUGCCCUACUAGCCUUCCUAAUUUGAAAUAAAGCAGGUCCUCAUGUCCAGAGCCACAUGUGAGCUGUGGCUGAGCAUGUGAUGGUUGUUACGCUUCCUAGCAUUAAGUUGUUACUUUGUGUGCUGCCUUAAAGGGAUAAACAUCCUAGCUGCAGUCAGUCUGUUGGUAUUGUUUUGCCUGCUAACAAAACAUAGCUCUUUUUUUUUUUUUUUUUUUUAAUUUCCUGGUACUACUGAGCGUAUGACAAGCUUAGCUGUGAAUUUGUGGAGUUCACGACUGCCUGUGCUUUUCCCAUUUCCAUUUUUCUAAAUCCUGAUACUUUUAAAGCCUUAAUAAAACAUGUUUAAUAAAGGGAAGAAUUACACUGAGUCUAGUUACUGCUUUUUUGGUCACUAUGAUACUGUGGAGAAUUCCAGGUGUUGCUAAACCCAGAUAAAGACUGUUGUGUGACUUCUUUGGCAUAAUAAUCUGCUUAUGGGAUUUUCACUUUUUUAUCUAGCCAUGUAAGCAUGAUAAUAGUGAAAAUGAUACUUGAAAUUAUGUAUGUGAAUCUGUCAUAUAUGAAGCAAAAAUGACUCAUCUAUUUUUUCAAAGUAGAAAACAACUGUUUAUUAUUUCUGAAGUAUUUCUUUGGAUGACUUUCUGUAAUGAAUUCUUGAGUUUUGCUUACAAUAGGUAGUUUAGGUCAAACUUUUUUCCUUAUGUUGUGCCUAUUAAUGUUAUUGAGGAAUUGGAGCCAACCUCAUAGGUAAGGUUUGGCAUUUUUUUGAAGUAAAGCUAGUUUUUGAGCCUUAUCUUUCUCCCUGUGUGCAGGGUAAUUACCCUGGUGCAUCAUACCCUGAGCCGUACAAUACAUAGAAAGUAUAAUGGGAAAUUGGAAGGUACUACUUUAUUUCUGUAGCUUGAAUGAAAAUAAAGCUUCUGAGGAACGGAA